AUGAAGCUCGUGCUCGCGCUGCUCGCGUCGGCGGGCGCCAUGGAGCUCAACGCCGACAACUUCAAGACCGAGGUCUUCGAGAGCGGCAAGAACGCCUUCGUCAAGUUCCUGGCGCCCUGGUGAGGGCACUGUAAGUCGAUGAAGCCGGCGUGGGACUCCUUGAUGAAGGAGUACGAUGGGCACCCCUCGGUUUUGAUCGGCGACGUGGACUGCACGGUCCACAACGACCUCUGCAGCGAGGCCGGCGUGUCGGGCUACCCGACCAUCAAGUACUGGACCGACGGCGCGGACAUGGCCGGCGCGUCGCCCUAUCAGGGCGGCCGCGACCUCGCCGCGCUCCAGAAGCACGUCGAGGACAACAUGCUCCCCAAGUGCGACGCCAAGGACCCGGAGAACAGCGGCUGCGACGACCAGGAGAUCGCCUACGUCGCCAAGAUGACGGAGAAGGGCGCCGACGCCAUCGCCAAGGAGGCGACGCGCCUCGAGGGCAUGAAGGGCUCCGCCAUGAAGCCGGACAAGAAGGCCUGGCUCCUCAAGCGCAUCAACGUCCUCAAGGGCCUCAGCGCCUAG